AUGGAUUUUCCCUACCACACACAUUUGCCAAAACAUGCCCGUCAGACAGAUUCGCAGCGACGUUCGACAUCCUGUAGACGGAAAAGCCUAUCUCCGACUUUUGACGAUCCGCCCAGUCCUUCAACCUCACCGCGCUCGUCUCCCCGAAUGCCGCCACGACCAUCAGGCUCCAUUCUCACACGAAAAAAUUGGUUAAUUCGCAUCAACUCCCAUCCACUCGAUCCACUACCUAUUCCUGUUUCUCCGGGCAGAGAAACAAAAUCUCCCUUUGUUCCGCCACCCUUAAAAAGAACGCAGCGUAUAGUCUUUGUGCCUGAAUCUCAGCUCGGGCUAAUGGUUGGGCAGAGAAAAGCUAGGCGUCUUGUGACUGAAGACCUGAACGAUAUAUGUCUACAUCGGCCGAAGAAGGUUAGUUUUUCGACUACUGAGGAAAUAAUUGGAACGCAGGAAGCCUACGAUAGCGACAAUGAAUCAACAUCAACUCUUGCUGAUGAUAAGGACGAUGAUGAGACGUGGUAUGACUGUAAUGAGGAUCUUGUGGAGUGUCAAAACAAUUGGAUGUAUAAUCAAAAUGCUAUUGCAGAAAUGGCUGAUUUGGAGAAGAGAAAAUAUGAGAGAUUAUGUAAUGGAAAGAAUAUAAAUGGGAGGAGCGUAAAUGGAAGAAGGGCGAUAAAUGGCGGGAUGAUGAAGGGAAAGAAUACGAGUGCAGAAAGAGUGAAUGGGGAACGAGUGAAUGGAGAGCGAAUGAAUGGGAAAAGCGUGAAUGGGAAGAGAGUGAAUGGAGAAAGCUUGAAGAUAGGGAGUAUCGAUUCAGAGAACGUGAAUGGGGAAGGCUUGAAGAUAGAGAGCAUUAAUACAGAGAGCGUGAAUGGAGAGAGCCUGAACGGAGAGAGUGAAGAAGGGACUGUCGAUUGGUUUACACAGAAAAUUUUCGGUUGGUUUACAGGCCAAAAACGAAGAUUGAAUGACGAGAACGAGUGUGAUGAUGGUUCAGCUAAAAAAGUAUGUAGGCGUGGUAAUGGGUAUAUAUUUGAUGCGGAUCAACAAUAA